GUCAGGGUUCCGAAAAAAAGUUCUUUUUUCCUUUUUGUACUGCGCAACAAUGACAACGAUAGAAGGCACCACAGGAAAAGCCCAAGCUCUCUUUGAUUUUCUCGAAAAACUUCAAGUGGAGGCCACACUUUUUGAAAGCGACCACCAAGAUAGAAAGAAGCGAAAGCUAGAUCACGAUCAGUCAGUCUCUGAUAAACCUUUAUUCAACUAUACCAUUGAGCUCCCUUUGACAUUGCAUAAUGUCGACCGUGAACUAGUUGAGCAGCUUGCUUCAGCAUUCUCGAACAAUUUUGACCAAAAACUCGUUUCUGAAUGGAGCUACAUGACGUUAGAAGAUACUAUCUUUGCUUCGAUGAAAAUAGUAUCAGAUCAUACUCUACUAGCAGAGAAUGAAUGUAUGCUCAUGAGUAACCAGUUCAAGCAAGCCAAUACCGAGAUUAUUGAAGGUCAAACGCAAUUACUUGUAGCCAUCAUUUAUGCAGCAUCCAUGCAGUUUAUUGAAGCAACGGAUAUUCAGAUUCGUGGAUCAAAUACCAAACUCAGUGUAUUUGUGCGCUUUGUUCAAAAGAAAAAAAAUACAAAUAAAUUGAUACGCGCCUUAUCAGAUCAUGUACACAUCGAACAACUAACACGUAUAGAGAAGGCUUGUACAUCAAAGACACUACCUGCACUUGUUUCUCCACCUUCAACAGCACCUGCAUCUUUACCACCACCACCAUCUUAUCCUUCUUUUGUGCCUGUGCCAAACAAUACUUCCAUAGAUGCAUUUUAUCAGUACUUGCAACCACCUGUGUCCAACACACGCUUAAAACCAUAUUUAUCACCUCGUAUCUCUGCUCAAUUAACACCAUUUCAGUCUCAAAAUGUAGAAUGGAUGAUGUUACGCGAAGGCCAUUAUGCUGAUACAAAGGGAGAUGUGUAUCCUAACCAUAAUAUUUUGGAUGGCUUACCCCUUUUGUAUGCCAAUGAUCAAAAGGGCAACUAUCUCAAUGUGUUCAAUCAUCAAACAGUCACUGAAAGAUCGGAUAUCAUGGACCUGAUUCAACAGUCGUUUCGAGGUGGCAUUCUUGCUGAUGAAAUGGGCUUAGGAAAGACAAUCAGGUAAUGUGUUAGGCCUCAUUGCAAAGCAUACAUGGAAUAAACAUGAUCCAUUUCACCCUCCAAUCAAUCAUUCAGACCUUGUGUCAUCCAAGACAACCCUGAUUAUUGCACCUUCUCCUAUCAUCUCGCAGUGGUGUUCUGAAAUAGAGAAGCAUGCACCGCAAUUAAGCUAC